AACACAUUAGAAUGUCAAAAUUCAAAUAUGGCGCCUUGUUUUCAUUGUCAUGUGUUCGUUUUCUUAACGGUGUAUUAAUUUUUUAACAUAUAAAAAUAAAUAGAAAAUAAGACCUGUUUUUAUAAAUUAUUAAUUAUGGAGCCAAAUACUGAAACUUUCAUUUACAUAGCAAGAUGUAAGUGCUGUCUUAACGAAGAUGAAUUACAAAACUUGUGGGAGCCGUACGUAUUUGAAGGUGAAACUGAGAUUUACGGAGAAAUGUUGACCGAAUGUUUUUCGCUACCAUCGCAAACUGAAGAAGAGUUACAGAGCAUUGAAAUGAUAUGCAGCUCUUGCAUCAAGAGGUUGAGAGAUUCUCUCGGCUUCAGAAGAGAAGUAAUGGCGAGCGCACAAGUGCUACAAGAAAAUCUAGAUAAAAUGUUCCUACAUACAACAGUAAAUGUUCAAUUAGAAAAUGAAUCGGUUUAUCAAAAUGUUGAAUAUUUGGACAUUGCUGAAGGUAAAGAGCAACCAAAUGAGGACAACUCAGAAAAUGAUGAAACUAUGGUUAAACAAGUGACCAAUGUUACAAAAUGGCCGAAAAGGUUACCAAAAGAGAAUCGUAAUAAAACAUACAAGCAGUAUAGUGUAGCUGCAUUAAGAAUGGCCAUUGAUGCGGUGUUGAAUGAUGGAAUGACUAUCGCUGAGGCGUCUUUAACAUACGGAGUACCGCGGAAGACCGUCACUGCAAAGAUACAUGCGGCAAGAAAUAAAAAAGAUGAUAUGAACGAUGAGACAAACAAAUUAGACGAACAAGAGAAACACAAUAACUUUGUUGAUGAAAUAAAAAUGAUAUUAACGUACACAAAUGCAAUACCUUACAGAACGAAAGCAUCAAGAUAUUACUGUGUAUAUUGUAACGGUCCGGGAUACGAAGAUGCUCAAGAUUUAAGAAUUCACAUAAGAACUGAACAUAUAGCUGAAAGAACGGCGAAAAUAGACCAAAUUAUGAGACCUCAAUGGUUGAACGAAGUGAUUAAAUUAGAUAUCCAUUGUCUUCAUUGCACGGUUUGUUUAACUGUGAUACCAAAUUGGAAUGAUAUGUUCAAACAUUUAAAUAAUAUUCACCAGAUUGUGUUAGAUGAAGCAUAUAAUCGUGUUAUACCAUAUAUUCUUAAUAGGGAACUAAGUUGUGCGUUGUGCAGUGAAUCUUUCUCUAGUUAUCAUUAUUUAGAUAGCCAUAUGAACACACAUUAUAGUAAUUAUAUAUGUUAUGAGUGUGGGGAUAUAUUCUUAGCUGCCAGUCGUCUAAACAAACAUAUUGAAAUUCAUCAGUUUGGUGUAUACCCGUGCCCUGCUUGUGGUAAAGUUUUCAAAUCAAAGAAAUACAUGAAGAAACAUUAUGAUUAUAUACAUAAUACUGAUAAGAAGAUCAAAUGCCAUUAUUGUCCGGAAACAUUCUCCGGAACUUAUGAAAGACAUCAACAUAACCUGAAAAUGCAUAAAGAACGGGUGAAAACUAUGACCUGUGAGGUCUGCGGGAAGGUAUUCGAUUGGCUACCGUAUUAUACGACUCAUAUGAGGAGAAUACAUGGCACUGAAAAGAAUUAUAAAUGUAAAGAUUGCGGGAAAAAGUUUUUAAUGAAAUAUGAAUUGAAUAAUCAUAAAGUAAAGCACAAAACAGAAAAGGACUUUGUCUGUGACAUCUGCUCAAAGCAAUUUAAAAGCAAGCCUGGAUUAUUGAGGCAUUAUCAGGUGUCUCAUGGUUGAAUUAUGCGCUUUUAUGUGCCAACGAAUUUGUAUUACAUAGUAAUGUAAAAAUACUAUUUUAAAUAUAAAAUAUUAACCAUUUUUUAAUAA